GACUACCGAAGCUAUAUUUCAUACCUCAACGAUCUGCCCCGCUCAUCAUAUUGUUAUACCUGUUCGGGGUGAAGGAACGAUUAAGUUUUAAUGAACUAUCUAGUGGAGCGUUCGUAGUUAGCAGUGCUUCCGGCACUUAUGUGACUUGAUAUCACAAUCGUUUCAUCACCUGUGAAAGUUGGCAGCGGCUAUUUCUAUCUCACCGCCGUCGAUUGUAUGUCUACUAUCGCGGCACGGCUUAGAGUACGGUAAUUUCAUCUGUUCUGCCUGAUGUGAAGUCACAAUUUUACGCCCCCACCCUUCCCAAUUAAGAAAUUGGUUCUCUAAAAAUGAGAUUCCGACCUUUGCCACGCAAUACACAUCUAGUCUUCUUCUCGUGAUCCUUCGUGUCGGUCAUCUUCAAACCUUGAUUUGUAUCACCAAAAUGCUUCAGGAACUUUUUGACCUAGUUCGCUCUCAAGCGGGUGCUUGGAGAAUAGGUUUAGAGGUGGCGUUUGAUGCUUGUGUAAUUUUGAUCAUUUUGAAUAGAGUUUAUGUCACAGCAUCUAUCUACCGCAACCGUCCCCGUAACAUACUCAUAUCUGGACCCAAGUUACGUUUGGGAAAGUGGUUGAGCAGCAUAAAAUAUGUCAUUGGUGCUCCGGAUAUCAUCCAAAAGGCAUACAAUCAGGCCAAUGGAAAGCCAUUUGCUAUUCCCGCUCUAGACGAGUAUCAAGUAUUUGUCUCGUCCGAGGAACAUAUUGCGGAAAUCAAUAGGAGUUCUCAAGACCAUUUAUCCCUGCAUGAUGCUAUGGAAGAUAGAAUCAAAGCGAAAUAUACAUUCUAUGGAUUUGAGACGGGAGAGAUUGAUCCUCAUGAUACUGUACCAGGGCGUGUUCUUAAAUUUCUCUUGAGAACAAACCAACCAGCUCUGAGACCCAGAAUUCAAGAGAAAAUUGAGGAAGCUUUCAGUAAAGUUUUGUCAAAAGGAAAAGCUGUGAAUGAUUGGACAUCGGUUUCUGUCUUGGGUUUAUCUAAGGAUAUCGGCUUGAGAAUCAAUUGUCAAGUACUUGUCGGAGAUGAACUUGCCAACAAUCAAGAUUAUGUUGAUGCCGUGUUACGAUACUCGAAUGAUGUUGUUUUGUCUAUGGAAUUCUGUCGUUACAUGCCGGCAUUCAUCAUUCCAUACGCCUGCCCUGCUAUCAUGGCUUGGAGUGGUGCAAUGAAGAAAAUAGCCGCGCAAAUCAGACCUUUGGUUAUCCAACGUCUCAGAUAUAUCGAGGAGAAGAAAACUUUACCGUCUGACUGUAUAACUUGGGUCAUUGAAUCAUCCACAACUCCGCGCCAGCGCACCGUAGAGCGUAUUGUCCAACAAAUAAUUGCUCUGACUUUUGCCUCGGCCCAUCAACUUCCACUAGCUCUAACUUUCACAAUCUACAACCUCUGUCUUCACCCAGAAUACAUUGAACCACUAACUGAGGAGAUCCGCACCAUGCUAUCCUUGCCUGAAGAAGUCCAUUACAAGAACAUGCCUUUAAUGGAAUCUUUCCUCCGCGAAUCAGCUCGCGUGAAUUCAUUAGAUGCACUUUCCAUCCAACGUAAAGUCAUGAAACCAUUCACUUUCUCGAGUGGUGAAAUGAUUCCGAAAGGUAAUCUCAUUGCGGUGCCUCAGGACGCUCUAAUGAAGAGUCCGAAGUAUUACAACAAUCCGGAUACUUUUGAUGGUUUCAGAUUUGUCCUGCCUGAGGAUAGAGGGAGAGAAGAACCCAGGAUGAAGUAUACAGAUGUUAGUAAGGGAUUUCCAUUUUGGGGGGCUAGUAGGAAAGCUUGUCCUGGCCGUUGGUACGUCAGCGCAUCAUUGAAACAAAUUUUGGUGCAUUUAUUGACCAACUACGAAUUUAAAUUGGCGGAUGAUAACAAGGCGCUUACUAUGGGAUACACCACAAUGGUUAUCCCAAGACAUGGAGCGAAAGUUUUGUUGAGGAAGCUUGAGAAGAGUGGAUAGAUGGCGAUAAAAACACGGAAAUACAUUGGUACUUGGGUUGGAUUCACUUCUCUUUGUAUAUAUUUGGAAAUUGAAAUUUAUUUAAUCUGGCA